CAUGGUCCUAGAGUUCUGCCUGGAAAAUCAAAAUUCUGGUUUGGCUUGUCCCGGCUCUGUUUUUUUUUUUUUUUUUUUUCCCCUCGGCACGGCGGUUCCCGGAUCCUGCCUUCAGGGGUCCGGGCUUGGCUAAUAGGUUUCCUAGUCUAUUCUUGAGACUGGCCGUCUCCUUGUAAAUCACGCCGGUUUGUCGUCGUCCUGGAGUCCUUUCUGGCUGGAGUGACAGUCCGUCCAGGGCACGGGUGCCCGCCCCGGCGUCUGAGUGUCCUCCGCUGCUGCCAGGCCCUGUGUCUGGGACUCCUUUGUGACCUCGCUGCAGACCAGCGGGUAGGGUGCUGUGCACGGUCAGCCGCUCACCCGGGCUUGGGGAGGCGGACCCCCGUGCGUCCUAGGGAAGCGGCCGCAGGGAGAGCGCCCCUGCAGUGCCCCUGGGAGCUGGCUGCAGAUGGCUGCUGUGCCAAGCCCAAGCCUGCAGCCCAGGCAGCUCAGCUCCGAGGAGGAGCAGAAGCUGAGCAGCGAGCGGGUGCUGGUGUCCGACUUCAAGCAGCAGCAGCUGGAGAAGGAGGCGCGGAAGAACUGGGACCUUUUUUACAAAAGAAAUAGUACUCACUUCUUCAAAGACAGACAUUGGACCAGCAGGGAAUUCGGGGAGCUCAAGGCAUGCAGGGAGUUUGAAGAUCAAACAUUGACCAUCCUUGAGGCUGGCUGUGGUGUCGGAAACUGUUUAUUCCCUCUCUUGGAAGAAGACCUGAAUAUCUUCGCCUAUGCCUGCGAUUUUUCUCCAAGAGCAGUUGAAUAUGUUAAGCAACACCCUUUGUACGACCCAGCAAGGUGCCGAGUGUUCCAGUGUGACCUGACUGCAGAUGACCUGCUGGCCCACGUGCCCCCAGCCUCUGUGGACGCUGUCCUGCUCGUCUUUGUGCUCUCAGCUGUGCACCCGGGGAAGAUGCACCUUGUUUUACGAAACCUUCACAAGGUUUUAAAGCCAGGCAGAAGUGUCUUAUUUCGUGACUAUGGGCUGUACGAUCACGCCAUGCUUAGGUUUAAAGCUGGCAGCAAACUCGGAGAAAACUUCUAUGUCCGACAAGACGGAACCAGAUCGUACUUUUUUACCAAAGAGUUCCUAGCCCAGCUCUUCACAGACACGGGUUACGAAGAAGUGCUGAACGAGUAUGUGCUUCGAGAGACGGUGAAUAAGAAAGAAGGCCUGUGUGUGCCAAGAGUCUUUCUUCAGAGCAAAUUCCGCAAGUCUCCGGAGAGCCCAGACCCUGCUGCUGCAGGCCUGGGCCGCAAGGGCCGCGCCGCCCCAUAGGAGCGGGUCAACCACCUGCCACUCUUUACUGUGUCUACUUUCAUGUAUUUCAAUUUUAAAUGAGCUUGUAUUAUUUUGUAUUAAAUGAACAUAGAUCAUUUUUAUAUUCAAAAGAAUCGUGAGUGUGUGUGUGUGUGUGAGAGAGAUGGAAGUGCAAGCAGAACUGCAGGGCCUGAAAAGUGAAGAGAUGGUUGUGUGGUAAUUUAGCCUUGGUAAAUUAUGGCAGGUUUGACUGUAGCACUCCACAGAGGAAGUCACAAGAACCCGGGAACACUUAAGGAAAUUCUUGUCAUGAUGUGACUGUAAGUAUGCCUCGAGGCACAAGACCCUGCAGAAAGUGAGGCCGAGAUCAGAACAGGCCGCUGUGCACGCUUAGCCUGAAAGGCGACUGGCUCUUUAGCUGAGUCUGCCCUGGAGCUCUGGGAGAGCCCCUCCCGGGAGUGCUGCGCACAGCCCGUUUGUCUCUGGGUCUCUCUGUGGCAGAACCCACACAGGCUCCUUGCCCAGUUCCACCCUCUGUGGGCUGGGUGCUGACCACACUGUCCCCUACCCCCACUCCGCCCAGCAGACCAGCUUUCUCUGCGAAUACAGCCGAUGUCUGGUUCUGAAGGCUGGUUGGCUGGUUGGUUGAUUUUUUCACUUGGGAGGGGCAUUUGAAUGGGCUGCCCCGGCGCCUGUGGGGAAAUGAGACAGCAGUGGCUAAGCAGAAGUGAUGAGGCUCAAGGUCACGAGCUUGUGUGAGGGACCCUGGGCAGGUCCCUGCGCCGGCUUGCUUACUUGUUUCUCAGGUACUAAACUCAUAUGAAAUGAAAGCUAGGUUCUUUGCGUCAGCUCACAGGAGGUGGUCCUGAGCGCUUCUAGGUGUCCCUUCCUGCAGAAAGCUUGUGG